AUUAUCAUAUUUUGAAAUAUACAAUGAACAAAUUAUUGAUCUGUUGAAUGAUAUUUCAACGAGUAAAACUGUGCGUAAACAAUCACCGGAUUUAUUGCAAAUAGCUGAAUCUAAUGAUCAGGUUUAUAUCAAAGGAUUGAAGUGUAUCACUGUGAAUAAUCUAGAAGAAGCGUUGACUGCACUAUUCAAG